AAGCCUUUUCUACAUCCACCGCUAUUGCAGCAACUCGCCUUCAACCACAUGUAUCGCAAUGCACGCCUGAUGUUAGCUUGAAGAUGUCUUUUGUCCGUCUUAUCUUAUGGAAUCUAUUUGACAGGCCUAUAGCAAUGACCUUUAGUUACCUUCCUUGGUAAGAAGAAGGUAAGUUGGGGAAAAUGUCUCCCUCUUUUAACCCAAUGCAUUUCAUUUGUUGUAAAGGAUUGAAUGAUUGUGGGUGGUUGGUCCAACGCUCACGUGUCCCGUCCGCGUCAGGGGUUUAUUUGUUUAAAGAUAUCAAUUUGCGAUGUUUGCUUUCUUUUUCCGAAAUUACCUUACUGCCUUACUAUAAGGUAUGGGGAGUAUGACGAAAUGUCGACAAAUGUUGCCCUCAUGUAGGUUGGUAGCAGUUGUAGAGCACCUGCUACCAAACUGCAUGGGGGCCACUGGUAGAGAUUGCCACCUCUACAGUACCGUUGUAACGCCGAGGAGGGAUUCUUGUCGUUUUCCCACAGAACAUUAAUGAGGGGCCAGACUAGUGCUACAGCUAGCACACACGGCCAUCUGAGCACAGCUGGAGUCUAUUACUCAAACACUUUGGCUUGAAACCACAGCUUCAGCUGGUGUUGAAUGGACGGGGUGAAUGGAGGCGCUGGUUUGACUGAUCCCAAACUGGAAACCGCGAUGAUGAUGAUACGCUCGCGUUCUGGGGCCCUGGUGGCCUCUGCCUAACAACGGGAUGUGGACACGCUGCGUAGCAACAGGACGCGGAGACGCCAAACACUCGACCGCCAGCUCCAAGGAUGGCGGAACAGGGAGUGACACGGACCAAACGGGUUUUUAUUAACAACUUAGACCUAUACUCUUCAAAUGUAAUCGCCAAGGUAAGGGGCUUGGAAAUGCAAAUGUAAGUAUUUGUUAUCCAACGUAUGAUGCCGGCUACCCUACUGAAGGGUCGUUUAAACGUGGGUUAAACUGUGAUAGGAUGAUCGACAUUUCUAAGAGAGGGAUAACUUCCAGCGAGUCGGUCCUUAUGGUGAAAUAAACCCCCACAGGGGGACGCUCCUCCCCGGACACCUCAGCCAUGGUAUAACGCUCAGGUGUGUGUACCCAGUGGUGGAGUGGUACCGGGAGGGUCUGAGCGUUCCCUAACCGGGAGUUUUACCGAGAGGGUCGGAGUCUUACCGGGAGGGGCGGAGUGGUACCGGGGUGGUCGGAGUGUUGACGGGAUUGUUACCCGCCGGUGGAAAAGCGCCAAAAGAGUUUUUGUACUCUUACGGAGAGAGGGCCCCCCUGGUGGAUGAUGGACAGACUGCGCCCAAGGAAUAUGAUGAACUCACUGAGGCAUCUCAGUCGGACCACAACAACAAGUGCACCUUUGAGAUCGUCGGCACGGUUACCGGCAAAUCUGGGACUAAACGGCCGCACGUGCUUGAAGAAUAUGAUCCACUACAAAGAGGAGAGCUUCUUGACAGACUGAUGGACUGUGACGUCAUCGUCUUCAACGUCAGCGAGCAGGCGGCCGGAGUCGACGACGCCUCCUGGGCUGUCUCAGAGCUCCACCGUAACAUCGAUACGUUUGAUGGACCCAAGAUAUUUAUCCUCAUAUCCUCCGUGAUGACUUGGGCACUCAGCAGGCCGCUGGCUGAUGAUCCAGAGUUGCCCUUCACUGACGAAGACUACAGGAAGAGAAGAGCGCAUCCAAACUUCAAAAAGCACAUCGACCUGGAGAAGCUGGUGGUUAAAAUGGGCAAAACGAGGAGGAGGAGCUUCUGCACGUACGUGGUGGCGUCUGGACUUCAGUACGGGAUGGGAGAGCAAGCCUUCCACCCGCUGUUCAAGAUGUCCUGGGUAGGAGAGGAGCCCCUCAUACCUGUGUUUGGAGGAGGGGCCAAUGUGUUGCCCACCAUUCACAUACAUGACCUGGCCAGCGUGAUCCAGAAUGUGAUCCACCUCAUGCCCAAGCCGUGCUACCUGCUGGCCGUGGACAACUCCCAGUACACCCUGGAGGACAUCGUGAAGUCUAUAGCCUUGGUGCUCGGACCAAGGGAGACUCAGAACAGGCCCUUCGAGGAGGCCUUCCUCAUAGCAGACUUUACACAGAUGGAGCUGGACUCCCUGUCGGCCGACCUCCGCCUGGAGGCGGUCUGCGUGAAGGAGCUGCUGCCCUUCCGCUGGGAGUGUGAGGCGGGCAUGGUGGACAGCAUGGAGCUGCUGGUGGAGCAGUACCGGACCACCAGGGGCCUGCUGCCCGUGCGCGUGUGCAUCCUGGGACCCCCCGCCGUGGGGAAGAGCUCUCUGGCCCGCAGGCUCUGCCGUCAGUACCGGCUGAACCACGUCACCGUGCAGACCGUCGUCUCCCAGAGCCUCGCCCACCUGGAGGCGGCGGUGGAGCGGGGAGGGGCGGACCCGGAGGCCAGAGGCUCAGCGGCCGAGGCACAGAGGCUCCUGGAGACCCUCAAAGAGAACAUGCAGCAGAAUGAAGGGCGCCUGGAGGAGCAGUACCUGCUGACGCUGAUGAAGGACAGGCUGACGUCUGAAUCCUGCAGGAACCAGGGCUUCGUCCUGGACGGCUUCCCCAAGACCCAGGAGCAGGCCAGCAGGCUCUUCAGCGCUGAAGAGGACGAAUCUGAGGAUUCAAAGUCCAAGAUGGCUCCCAACGGCGCCGGCAUUAUCCCAGACUUCCUGUUCUGCCUGGAUGCGUCGGACUGCUUCCUGAAGCAGCGGGUGAUGAACCUGCCCCAGAGCGCGGUUCAGGGGACGUCCUACACCUAUGACCGGUUCCCCCAGCGCCUGGCCCGCUACCGGGAGAACCAGGCGCUGGACGGGACCGCCCUCCACUACUUCAACGACCUGGACAUCCUCCCUCAUCACAUAGAGAUCACGGACCCCGAGGACGGGGACUACCUGCUGGCCGUGGAGCAGGUGGUCCGGGCCGUGGGCCCCCCUAGGCACUACGGCCCCAGCAGCCAGGAGCUGGCGGAGGUGGAGGCGGGGGCCAGGAGGAGGGCGGAGGAGGAGCUGACGCGGCGGGCCCAGGCCCGGGCGGAGGAGGAGCGGCAGGAGGAGGAGGAGGAGGAGCAGCGGGCCAGGCGCUGGGAGCAAUGGCGCACCGUGUGGGGCGCUGAGCAGGACGAGGCGAGGGGCGCGGGGGAGGCCGAGGAGCGGGCGGCCAGGCGGUACCUCCUGGAGCACGUGAUGCCCACCUUGAGCCCCGGGCUGCUGCUGCUCUGCACGCAGCGACCGGAGCACCCCGCCGACUUCCUGGCUGAAUACUUGUUCACCAACAACCCGAUGAACUACUGAUGCUAAGCUCUUUUCUAGACAUUCAAAGACGCCUAAAGGCCCAUUCACACCCUACAGUAAAUACGGAUACGGACCGUUUCGUCCGGUCCCGGAGGUGUUUCGUCCGUCAAUGGGUCCGUCGCCUCUGAGCUUACGAAUCCGGAGUGCUCCGGGAGAAACGGAGCAAUACCACCGGAAAUCAACUCGGCAGCAUAGUCAGAAGUCCAACCAUUCGCGAAAAUAGAUAGAGUAGUAUAAUAUCUGAUAUGUAGAUAUAUUGUCUUUAACGUUUUAUACUUAUAUUAUACUAUUUACUUGACCUUUUUAUUUUAUUGUUCCCCUGCUUUGGCAAUGAGUUGUAACUGGUCAUUUCAAAAUGGCGCAACAUUUGAAGCGUAGACAGGCAUGACAAAACAUUAAUAAAACAUAAGAUCUCCCCCCAACCAAUUACCUUUUUAUUAAAGGUGCCUAAUAAAUCCAUUUGUUUUGAUUUGAUAAGCACUCUACAGACCCAUACGAUGAUAGGGCGUUUAGUACGGUCCUUCACCGUUGUUUCUUUACCUAUAAAAAGCUGCAGUCAGUGUUUAAUUACGCUGAUUUAUCUUUGAGCAUUUCCUAUUAUAGGCUACUGUGUAAAAUGCUGUUUAGAAUUAAUGUUAGUAUCAAGAAAAGAAAGACCCACCGGUGGGGGGAGAUCUUUCUUUUAUUUAUGUUUUUGCAAUAAUGCAAACGUGCAUGUUGCAGAAAAUAUGCAACAGCGCCCCCUGGGGUCACACUUUUCGGUGGGUCGCUGAAUUCGAAGUAACACCGGAGACAACAUCAACGUCCGGAUCCGGAGGUAUGAAUCGGCCUUUACAGUGAAGGGGCGGGGGGGGACCUCAAUACCAAUACUUGUUCAAAAAUCACCAAUAAAAUGACUGAUACUUUUGUCAAAUUUAUCACUAGGAUAUAAAUAGGGCUUGGUAUCGCCACGAAUUUCCAAGAUCGAUUCGAUUCCGAUUCACAAGGUCCGGAAUCUAUAUAAUUUUCAAUUUGAUUCAAUAUCGAGUUGGAGAUAUUUCAGUUGCAAUACCAAUUUUGCUUAGAUAUGAAAUAUCAUGUAACUAAUGCUGUAUAUUGUACAAGGAACCCUCUGACCUGGUGCAUUAUAACUAAUAUUAAUGUUCACAUUAAGAAUUAACCUCAAAGCAGUUACAUGAAUGUACUUUUUAUCGAACAUGAAAAACAGCCUGUUAGGCUAACAUAUCUUUUUUUAAACCAAAGAAAACCAUUCACAUUGCGUGUACCGCAAUCCAGAUAUUUGUCACAUAUAUUUGUAUGUGUGAGCCUUGGACUGUAUUGUAUGUGAGCUUGGAGUGUUGAUUUGGUGGUGUCUUGCACUAAUUGGUGAGGUCAUGUGACCUAUAUCACCUCGUGUCAUGUGAAUUUGAAAAGAAAACCUGAUGAAGCAACAGCGGAACACGUAGUUCUCAAUAAAUCAGCUAAUACCAGUGUGCGGUGAUUUGACACUUCUUUGAACAGAUAUUUGUCCUAGAUAUUCAGAUAUUUCACGAUCUACAAAUGCAUUUUUUACUUGUCUGAAAUACAUAAACUCAUACAGAAAAUAAA